AUGCAUAUUCAAAAACGUGCUGUUAGUACAAAUACCUGUACUGAUGAUGUUCAAAAACCAACAGUAUUAAAUGAACAAAAAACACAUAAAUGUUGGCGUCGAUUUAUGAAUGCACGUGCUACUGAUCGAGCAUAUAUACCUACAGAAUAUGAACAUGCAGCAAAUUGUCUUACACAUGGUUGUCUGAUUAUACCAGCAUUUAUUGCAGCACAACGACUUGUAAUAAGAGCAAAUACGACUGAAGAAUACUGGAGUAGUAUUAUUUAUGGCAAUGCUCUUAUUUUACUUUUCUCAUUUUCAACUAUCUUCCAUUGUUCAUGUUUUCAUCCAACAUACAGAGAUUCAAGAUUAAGACAUCUAUUACAUCGUAUCGAUCGAGCUGUUAUUUAUAUAUUCAUUAGUUCAAGUUACACACCAUGGUUACUUCUUCGUCCAGCACAAAGUAUAUCAAUAAGUACAACAAUAACUAUUGUCUGGACGAUGUCUCUAUUAGGUAUAACUUAUCAAUUAUUAUAUCAUGAGAGAUAUAAAUUCGUUGAAACAUGUUGUUAUAUUAUUGUUGGUCUUUUUCCUGCAAUUGUUAUAGCAGAUAUGGUUAAUCAUGACGGUAUAUUUGAAAUGGCACUUGGCGGUUUUAUAUUUUUCUCCGGUGUAUUUUUCUUUAAAUCUGAUGGUAUCAUACCAUUUGCACAUGCUAUUUGGCAUUGUUUUGUAUUUUUUGGCGCUGCAAUUCAUUACUAUGCAGUUUAUACUUAUCUUAUUGUACCAAUACCUCCUAAAAUAAGAGAUAAUAAUCCAGAUAUUCAAUGA